GUGUGUGUGCGGGGCGUUCCUGAGCUGUAUGUUUGCCGAGAGGAUGCUUUUAUUUUGAAAAGAGAAGGUGUGGAUGUUAGUGCUUCAGCUCAGCUGAGCUCCUCAGUUCAGGCGCUUGAAAGACUUCCAGCGGCAGCAAACAGGUGGUGUCUCCAUACAGACUUCGUUAUUUAACAAAAGAAGCAGGAACCAAGGGUUAAUUACGUCCCAAUAUGGUAAGGAAGUGAGGUCAUUGCUGGGAUAUACUUUCAUCUUCCUUGCAUCUUUCCAUCUCAACGAAGCUCAGAGGGGAAAACAGGCAGCCCGACAAUUUACGCUGUAAUAACCACAGGUAGGAUGAGAGUCCCUGUGUUCUACGCAGUGGUGCUAGCAUUCGUCUGUCACAGCGACAGCAUGGAAAUACAACCCUCUCUGUAUGGAUCUACAAGGCCUCAGGAAGCCAUCUUGAAUCCGAGUGACUGUUUGUCCAGAACCAAGCAGCAGCAGGUCUUAACAAACCCUAACAACUUCUCUGUGGAUAUAAGGAUGCCUGGUGUUAUCCCUACUGGGUCGGACACUUACCUUUGCAUGGAAUAUCCUGUUCCUACUAGUCGAGAUGCAUAUAUUGUGGACUUCAUACCGCAUGCCAGUAUGGAUACAGUUCAUCACAUGCUGUUGUUUGGCUGCAAGACCCCUGUGUCCACCAGAAGCUUCUGGGACUGUGGCAGUGUACAAGGCACUUGUGAGGAUGAAGCCUCCAUUAUGUAUGCCUGGGCUCGAAAUGCACCCCCUACCAAAUUACCCAAAGAUGUUGGCUUUAAAGUUGGAGGAAACUCAGGAAUGUCCUACUUUGUGCUGCAGAUUCAUUAUGGAGAUGUUAGUGCUUUCAGAGACCAUCAUAGAGAUUGCUCAGGACUUACCUUAAGAAUGACAUUGAAACCGCAGCCAUUCAUUGCUGGCAUAUACCUGCUCAUGUCAGUGGACACAGUCAUUCUCCCAGGAAAAAGAGUUACAAAUGCUGACAUUGCCUGUGAUUACACUUCAUAUCCCAUCUAUCCAUUUGCCUUCAGGACCCACACACACCGCCUUGGUAAAGUAGUCAGUGGCUACAGAAUUCGUGAUGGGAAGUGGAGCCUGAUUGGGAGGCAGUCCCCUCAGCUACCACAGGCUUUCUACCCUGCCAACAAAGAAGUGGAUGUGAAGUAUGGUGACACCAUUGCAGCCAGAUGUAUGUUUACUGGUGAGGGCAGAACCUCCAAAACUUACAUUGGGGGUACCUCUGAUGAUGAAAUGUGCAACUUCUACAUAAUGUAUUACAUGGACAGCAAACAUGCUAUCCCCUUCCUGAACUGCAUGGAGACUGGCUCCAAAGAGCUGUUUGAACAUAUUCCAGCUGAAGCAAAUGUACCCAUCACUGGCGCUACUGGUCAUAUGAACUCUAUGAUGCACAUGGGCCACUCUACAGAUAAUCAAGAUAGCAGAUUGCUGUUGGAUGCAAAAAAAGCAGAAAAGAUGCUGGAUCCAGGUGACCUCUAUUCUCUUGUGUCAAAACUGCUAGGCCAGAGUAAGGAUGUAGUUCACAUUCAUAGGUACAACCCCAGCAAGUUGCAGAGAGCCCAGGCUGACUUGGUGGCUCAAAUUGAUAGCUUAAUGCAAAAGACAGACCUGGGCUCCCCCAGUACUACACUAGCCUUCCAAACCAGGGAGGAUCCUGUCUUGGUGAGGGACAGAGUUCACAGAUUCCAUCAGCUUGAGGCCACGACCAAGCUACCAAGAAGCAAGCUGCUAGCUGAAGGACAAGACUUCCAUUUGGAGCAAGACUCAGCAUGGCCACAGGGUUCUCUCCAGCUGGGUCAAGUGUCAGGUCUUGCCCUAGACUCGGACUCUAACUUGGUAAUUUUCCAUAGAGGUGACCACCAAUGGGGGGCAGACUCUUUUAACAGCCUGGCUAGGUACCAGCAGAGAUCCCUAGGGCCAAUUCAGCAAUCUACUAUUUUGGUUGUGGAACCAGCGAAAGGAAACAUCUUGAAGGCCUCUGGCAGAAACAUGUUUUAUUUGCCUCAUGGAAUAACUACAGACAAGGAGAACAAUUAUUGGGUGACUGAUGUGGCUCUUCAUCAGGUGUUGAAAGUAAGCAGUGAUGGCAGAGACAGAAUCUUGUUGGCCCUGGGAGAGGCCUUCACACCAGGAAGUGACAGCAACCACUUUUGCAAGCCCACCGAUGUGGCUGUUGACACUGAAACUGGGAACAUCUUUGUGUCUGAUGGCUACUGCAAUUCCAGGAUACUGAAGUUCUCUGCUGAUGGCAAAUACUUGUCUGAGUGGGGUGCAGGCUCAUCGGACAGGAGAAGACGCAUACCGUUCCAGAUCCCCCACAGCCUGGUGUUCCUUCCUGACAGAAAGGAAAUUUGUGUGGCUGACAGGGAGAAUGGCCGUAUCCAGUGUUUCAUAGCUGAAACUGCAGAAUUUGUCAAGGAAAUUAAGAAAGACGAGUUCGGAGGAGAGGUGUUUGCCAUCACCUACAGCACUGCUGGGGGUGGCUUAAUCUUUGCAGUAAAUGGGGAAUCUCCGUUUCGCUCAGCUCCACUUAAAGGUUUCGUAAUAAAUUAUUCGACCAAGGACAUUUUGGAUACUUUCAGCCCAAACAAAAAGGACUUUAAAAUGCCUCAUGACAUAGUUGAAACCAGGGAUGGCAGCGUUUUUGUCGGGGAUGCAGGCAGCAAAGCGGUCUUCAAGUUCACCACUCAGAAGUUGCAUCGCUCUGUCAAGAAAGCUGGGAUCAAGGUUGAAGAACUUGAAGAAAUGGAGGCAUUUGUCCGAACCAAUGUGAGGCCAGAUCGCAACAUGUCGAAGACAGCAGCAGUUAAAGAGAUGCAAUCUGUGUCUCACCAAACUCAAUCAGAAGCAACGGCAAAAGAAGAGAAAAAGAGUGCAGCAAAGCCAAACACAGCGGACAGUGUACUACCAGCCAUCAUCACCACCCUGCUGCUCAUCCCUCUGCUGGUUGUCAUCUCCAUAGGACUCUUCAUUUGCUGGAGGAAAAAUAACCGAUGUGAGGUGAAAACUGAACCCAGCACUAGGGUAGGGAUCUUGGGAAAAAUUAGAGGUAAAGCAGUGGGCAGUCUGAACCUGGGGAACUUCUUUGCAUCCCAUAAGGGUUACAGUCGUCAAGGCUUUGAUCAGCUGAGUACCGAAGGCAGUGACCAAGAGAGAAACGAUGACGACAGCAGCGACUCUGAGAAUGAGGAAUACUCUGCUCUGCCACCGCCGCAGUCAUCCUCUUAGACGCUGUGGGGUCAACUGCUAUCUUCCUGCUUUCAUUGCUGAGAUGUGGUUAUUCAUCAUUUGUGUAAAUGUUGUAUCAGCGGCCAGUCUUACUGUUUAUAUAUUUAAAUAUGUUGUUGUAUAUAAAAAAAAUUAUUUGGAAUAAUUUAGGUAAUUUAUUUUAUCCUAAUUUAUUUUUACCCCUGGUCUUGAUGAAGCCUUGGUGACACGCUUCACCCAAGUCACUAUUUGUUUUCCUAAAAUCAAACUUUCUUUCCUAAAAUUUAUAUUAGUACAGUCCACAGUACAAGUGUGGGUCAUUCAUUUCAAUUUUUAGAACAGUUGUGGCUCAAUCAUCUCUGAUUUGCCUGGAAAAAAAGACAUUUUACAUUACAUUUUCACUGUUACUUCUCAUGCCACCGAUUUAUGAUCUUCAAUGUUGGAUAAGUGCAUUCAUGAGCAAAAGCUUACAGAAAUUUUUAAAGACUGUAUAUCAUGGCAGCCUUGACUUUCCAAUAACUCAUACAACUCUUGAGUUUUUUAUAAUGAAAUCAUUGAAACGCAUGCAUCUUUGUCAAAACAAAAAACAAUUUGCGUAUUUUGGUUCUCUCAUGGAUUUAUAUACAUACAACAUCUUGAAUUAUCUGCUUUGAUGAUGUAGGAAGCGGUGUAAAUCAAAUCUUCUUAGGACCAUGGCCUCCUCACUGUUUGUGAGUGAUUAUGACUGACUACAACUGCUGACAUCUCUGAGCCAGUUCGAUUAGGGCUCAUUUGAUACACUCAUUAGACUACAGUGGAAAAGUGUGAGGAGCUCAACAAAAAGCAAAAGCCCACUAACAGGUGCCAUGAUAAAAAGAUAAUCAGUGUUAUUCACUUGGUGUACACGGUCUUUACAAGCGUAUGUCACAUCUGUGCUUAUCCAACCAAAAAUGAUAGUGAAAUUUCAAUUGUGUGUAACUUUUGCUCACACCUAUAGCUCAAAUAAUGCUGAUUAUGUAGAAAGUUGAAAUAAUUUUAGAAAGUUAAUGCCCUUAUUAAAAGUCGCAUGUUUGAGCCUACAUUAACAAAAAUAUUAACAAUACAGAAAUCAGCAAGUGAUUUUUUUCUAACCCAUAUGUAGUUGUGUGUCAAAAUACAAAACAAAACUUUUAGAAUAAUUUUUAAUAUGAAAUACUUGAUCAUAAAAUGUUAUUUUUUAAAGUGAUUUUUGUUUAAGUUUCGUAGCUGCACGUAUGACAAGUUGAACCACAAAAACAAAAGUAUUGCUAGAUUACCUCAUCCAAGUACAACAGUUCUGGAGUUUCAAAAUGGUUUUCCGAAUAUGCCUUGAAAAAUUUUUUUUUUUCAUUUUAUGGGCAUAUUUUUCAUUUUCAGACUUCAUUUUGUAGGCUGGAAAAACAAAGUAUCUGUUAUACUUAUUGAAUUCGUGUGCCUAUUGGAAGAGAUGCUUGAGAGUAGAUUCUUAAGCAGUAUAAAUAUGCAUGUAGGAAUACUUUAACUUUCUACACGUAGUCCAGAUUGUGUCUUGGUUCUGAAGGCCAAGUUUAUUCCCAAUGGGACACAAAGCAAGAUCAGCAAGUUUCCACAGUGAUCAUAAGAAUAAAUGCGAUUUUCAAUAUGAAAUAAUUGGUCAUAAAAAUUAGAAAAGGGAUUUUGUUUGUUGGACUUUCAUAGCUGAUUGAGUGAAUUAUACCACAAAAACAAGUAUUUUUGCUUGAUAGCCUAAACGGAAUAGACCAGAGUUCUGGAGUUUCAAAAAUGGUUCUCCAAAUAUAACAAGCAAAAAUUUUAUUUUUAAUAGGUGAGGUAUCAGUUCACUGUGUUUCUCCAACCCCCAAAAUGGGUGUUUGAGAACGAUUUUGAAAUUCCAUAGCACUGUUUUUCUGUUCAAGGCUAACUAUGAAUAUUUUUGUUUUUGUAGUACAACCUGUUACACCUCUCCAAUCUGAAAAAAAAUAAAAAAUUCAACAAAAAUCUUUUUUUUUCUUCAUUUUUGUAAUCAAGUAGUUCAUAAUUAAUAUUGUAUUAUUGUCACAAGCAACUACAUAUGGUUCAAUAAAUAUCACUAGCUGACCUCUGCAUUAUAAUUUUGUUUGGUAAUGUGUACUCUAAGAUGUCACUUUUCGUGAUGACCGAUUUUUUUUUUUCCAAAAUUGUUCCUAAUCUGAUGUUUUUUUUUAUGUCCAGCAUUUAAUUUCUAAAUCAAUGGCAUGAUUGGUGGGGGAAACAGAAAAGCAUUUCAGGCUUUAAUCUUUAAUAGUUCUUGAGAUUUUGGCAUCCAAACAGCCUCAAAUUGAAUUUGCAAUAGAAUAUGCUAAAAGCUGAUUGAUGGGCAGUUUAUAAAUCAUUUUCAUCUCUGAAAGUAUUUGAUAUAUCAAUCUAAAAUGUCACAGAUACAAAUUUAAAUAUUCAUAAUUUAUGAAAAAUGGAAAGCAAAUUAUAGAUGUUUGAGCAGAAGGUCCCCAAUGAUUGAAAAUAGAAUGACCCAUUUUUGUUCAAUAGAAUGUCAGAGUUAGCCUUAAAACAACAAAACAAAUCUGAUGAUUUGUUUUUAUUUUAACUGAGAAAAUAAGCUUAAAUUUACUGAAUGACUUUUAUAAAUAAGUAAUUUCCUUACAGGCUCUGUAUGACCAAGACAUUUAGCACAGUGACAGCUUGCAGUGUAUUUUCCUGUGAUUGGUUUUGCCCAAGAUGCAAACAGAUGUUAUAACAAAGAGAAAUUUUGGUAUUUCAGAAGCAGUUGGAUUUCUCAUGUUGAGCUGAGAACAGACACCUCAGAACCAUCUUUAAUCUGCUCUAAAUUUGUUGUUUUUAAUAUGACAAAUUAAGUACUUGGAAAAGAUUAUUUAUUUGAGCACACUGAUAGUUUGAUGCAUGAAUUAAUAUAAGUGAUUCUGACUACCCAAAACUGAUUUUUAUGCCUCCUUCCCAGUCACAGCAGUGGCUAGAAGCAUGAUAUUUUUAGAUGGUAUAUCCAUCCCAUUCUCUGGAACAUGAUAUCUCAGGAAUGCCAUAAGGAAAUUUCUUCUAGAGAAUAAACAGAUUUUUAUUUUGGAGGUCAGAGAUUGAAGGUCACUGUGACUUCUCAAAACAUGUUUUGUGCCAUAUCUCAAUAAUUUGUACACUAAUUUUGACAGCCUUUCACACAAAUAGGAUACUGGAUAAAAUGAUGAAGUGGUGUCAUUUAACGUUCAAAAGGUCAAAAGUAAACUUGAUAAAGUUUCACAAAAACAAAAAACAUUAUUCAGCGCCUUAACUCAUAAACUGAAGAGGAGACUGUGACCAUAUUUCACACUUUGGUGGAUACUGAAUUGGUGAUGCUAAUCACGGAUGCUACAUUUUAGGAAUUGUAGGUUCUGUAAGUUUGUUAUUAAAUCAUAGUCAAAUGGCAAGUCAGUGUGAGAGAAGGUACCAAAACGACCAGGCAUUCCUGCUCAGCUCAGAUUUUACAUUGCAAAGAUGUCACAAAAUAUAAAUCACUUUUCUUUAUUCUGGAAAAAUUCUACAAAAAUAGAACUGCUGACCUUGUGAUGUAAUUAAUCUUGUCAAAAGUUUUAACUGUAGCAUAAGCACUGACACUUUUGCUGGUCUUUAUGCUUGCUCCCUCAAAUUUGGGCGCUUAGGAAAAUGCAUGAAAUUGCUGUCCCCAUGUUAGUGCUUGACCAUUUAUUUUGCUGUUUUUAUUUGAUGAAGAAGUACUGGAAUUAAACAUAGUGUCAGUUUUGCAACAUUUCAUCAUCUGAAUAAGAAAUCAUUUUAGCAGGAUUCAGUGUCAAUAUUUCGCAAUAUUAUUAAAAAUGAAUAGUCUCACAGCACUGAUACUGUAUAUAUAAUGUAGUUUUCUUGGCGUAUAACAGAACUUCUGGUCUCUUCCGUGUAACAAUUCAUAGUUUUAUUUGAACAUAACUAUUUAUGUUUCAAUUCCGUGACAUUUCACUUGUAAUUCUGUGCCUUUUUUACAUCUGUAUUUUGCCUUUCUUUGUCACCUGCCAUACAACAUGUACCAAGGGAUGAAAACAGCUGCUGCUAGAAGAUCUUGAACUAUACAGACAUUCCUUGCCUUCAACUGAACAGAACAUUGUUAUUAUAUAGACAUAUAUGUGUGUGUGUGUUCGUGCGUGCGUGCGUGCGUGCGUGCGUGCGUGCGUGCGUGCGUGUGCAUGAAUUAUUGUGCAGCAGGCAAGUCUGAAGCAUUGUAGCUGUUACACCAAAGUCAUUAACACAGGCUGGUACACAGACCACAAAGAAACAGUGUGAACUAAAAAAACUACCUAAUAAUACAUGUGUGGAAUGAAUACAAAACUGAGAAUAUUUUAGGCGAAUUUAGACACACAGCACAGUGAAAUAUGGUGUCAACGAUUAAAUGCAUGAAUAGUCCAAAUAAUAUUGCAGUUAUUAAUGUGCAUGAAAAAGCUAAUUCACAGAAAACACCUCAUACAAUACACACACAGAAUAACCACAAAGAUAGUGGGAUGAGGACAGUGUUGUUUGUGCUUUCAGACUAUUCAGUCCUGAUUCAGAUUUCAUUUCCCAUUUUAAAACUUUAUUCCAUAUUUCCGGACCUUGAAUAUAUAUAUCAGUAUGUUUUCUGUUUCUGUCCAUAUCCUCUGUUCAUCAUGUGUGAAUGAUUGAUUUCCUUAACGGCAUGAAAUACAUUUCUGAUGUUAUAUUCACAUGUGGGCUAUCUGAUAUUUGCUGUGAUACACUGGUUUUGCUGCAAGAGUACUAUUUUCAGUAACUAUAUUAUUUGUGUAAUAAAGUGUCUGCAAAGCA